GUAAAAGUUGAAGCUAAGCGUCCGCCUCACGUUAGCCGACAAUGGCUAAGCAUCAUCCAGAUUUGAUUUUCUGCAGAAAACAAGCAGGCGUCGCUAUUGGCAGACUCUGUGAGAAAUGCGAUGGAAAGUGCGUCAUCUGCGAUUCCUACGUGAGGCCGUGCACGCUGGUCCGCAUCUGUGACGAGUGUAACUACGGCUCCUAUCAGGGACGCUGCGUCAUCUGCGGAGGGCCCGGCGUAUCAGAUGCCUACUACUGUAAAGAGUGCACCAUCCAGGAGAAAGAUCGAGAUGGCUGUCCUAAGAUUGUGAAUUUGGGCAGCUCAAAAACAGAUCUGUUCUAUGAAAGGAAGAAGUACGGCUUCAAGAAGAGGUGAAGACUCUGCGGCCCCCGGUCCUUGUUUUAGUCUCAGCUUUUGCAGGUUUUCUUUAAAGCUUCAAGAAACAUUUUGUGAUAUGUCAAUAAAACGUUCUUUUAUA